GUUCAAAAACCGCGGAGUCCGAGCAUUCUCGCCCUAACCCUGCCCCUGGCCCCCCAGCACUUCCUCGCAGCGCUCCACGUAGGAGAAUACGGCGCGGGGGUGGAGCCUCGCUGACCUUCCGCUCCGGAAGUUUUUUUCUCUCCGUGGCCGGUGCACGUUGUGCCGGCUUGGCGGUGUGUGGGCUCCAGCUGUCUUCCCGAUCAUGUCUUCCAAAAAGAGCAGGAAGCGGCAGAACCACAGCGCGGAGAACGGUUCGUCCGCGUCCUCCACGGCCUCCUUUCGCCAUGGAGCUCGUGCUAUUCCGGACUCGGACCUUGCGGUGGCGGCCGGCUUGCUGGUGGUGACCAACUUCCUAGAGAAGGUGGAUGCCAAAGUUCCUAAAACAUUCCAGAAUUCGCUCGUUCAUCUUGGACUCAACACUAUGAAAUCUACAAAUAUAUGCAUAGGUCGACCAGUGCUGCUUACCAGUUUGGAUGGAAAGCAAGAGAUCUAUACAGCGUGGCCUGUGGCAGGGUUUCCUGGCGGCAAGGUCGGCCUCAGUGACAUGGCGCAGAAGAACAUGGGGGUGAGGACUGGGGAGGCCGUCCGAGUGCAGCCUCUGCUGGGCGCCGUGCUGCAGGCUGAAGAGAUGGACGUGUUACUCAGUGACAAAGAUACAGAAAUUAAUGAGCAAGAACUGACUGGUUGUAUUCUGAGAAAACUAGAUGGCAAGAUUGUUUUACCAGGCAACUUUUUGUAUUGUACCUUUUAUGGACGACUGUGCAAGCUGCAAGUAUUGCGGGUGAAGGGAGCAGAUGGCAUGGUUCUGGGAAAGCCUCAGAGUGACACUGAAAUUGGUGCCCAAGGAGUGGCCUUGGAACAGUCCAGCGUGGAAACCAGUAGCCUAGAUCUGUCCUUCCAGCUAAGCCAGUUAAAUCUUGAAGUAGCCCAAAGCCCGGUAUCAAGAAGUACUCCUUGUAAACCAGGAGAUGACGGAAGUGUAAAAAAAGCCAGUGACAGUUCAUUGAAUGUUACACAGAGCCCUGGAAAUGACAGUGAACUUGGCCUCAAAGAAGUGACAAGCCUUACAUGGAGCUUUGAGCCUGCCAGAGAAGGCAGUGAGCAACAGAAGAGUGAGGAGAAACUACUGCAGUCCAUCUGUGUGGGAGCCAAGUGCAACACUGAUACUUUUUAUUUUAUUUCUUCAACAACAAAAAUCAAUUUUACAAAGAUUCGUACAAGUGCAGAAGAGCAAGACAACUCAUUGAAAGUAACUUAUGACAUGAUAGGUGGCUUAAGUAAUGAGCUGAAAGCAAUCAGAGAAAUGAUUGAAUUACCCCUGAAGCAGCCUGAACUUUUCAAGACUUAUGGAAUUCCUGCCCCUAGAGGAGUAUUACUGUAUGGCCCUCCUGGUACUGGAAAAACAAUGAUUGCCAAGGCGCUUGGAAAUGAAAUAGGAGCGUUUGUUUCUGUAAUCAAUGGUCCUGAGAUUAUAAGCAAAUUCUAUGGUGAGACUGAAGCAAAAUUACGUCAUGUGUUUGCUGAAGCCACUCAGAGGCACCCAUCACUUAUUUUUAUUGAUGAGUUGGAUGCACUUUGUCCUAAAAGAGAGGGAGCUCAGAAUGAAGUGGAGAAGAGAGUUGUAGCUUCCCUCUUAACCCUGAUGGAUGGUAUUGGUUCAGAAGGAACUGAAGGACAGGUCUUGGUUCUUGGAGCUACAAAUCGUCCUCAUGCUUUGGAUGCUGCACUCCGAAGACCUGGACGUUUUGACAAAGAGUUUGAAAUUGGUGUUCCUAAAGCUCAGGACCGGCUGGACAUACUCCAGAAACUGCUUCGACGGAUACCUCAUUUGCUCAGUAAAGCUGAGUUGUUGCAGGUGGCAAACAGUACCCAUGGAUAUGUUGGAGCAGAUUUGAAAGCUUUGUGUAAUGAAGCAGGUAUGCAGGCAUUUCGAAGAGUCUUCGAUAAACAUCCUAACCUCCCUGAUAGCAAGAUGGCUGCAUUGGUGAAGAUCAGUGUAAAUGAUUUCUCACAUGCAAUGAAUGAAAUCCGGCCCAGUGCCAUGAGGGAAGUAGCAGUCGAUGUUCCAAAUCCAGGGGGCCGAAGCAGGAAGCCAGGAACUCAAUCCAGGUCUCCCACAUGGGUGACAGGAACCCAGACACUCAAGCUGUCAUCGCUGCCUCCCAGGGUCUACAUGAGCAGGAAGCUGCAAUCCCGAGCCAAAGCCAGGACUCACACCCAGGUAUCCUGGUCGGAUAUAGGGGGACUGGAAAAUGUCAAACUAAAACUGAAGCAGGCUGUGGAAUGGCCUUUGCAACAUCCAGACUGUUUUAGCCGAUUGGGUAUUGAGCCUCCUAAAGGAGUUCUUCUGUAUGGACCCCCUGGAUGCUCUAAAACAAUGAUAGCAAAGGCUGUAGCCAAUGAAAGUGGCCUGAAUUUUCUAGCUAUAAAGGGGCCUGAAUUAAUGAAUAAAUACGUGGGGGAAUCUGAGAGAGCAGUUAGAGAGAUUUUCCGAAAAGCAAGAACCGUGGCUCCUUCCGUUAUUUUCUUUGAUGAACUUGAUGCCUUAGCAGUUGAAAGGGGCAGUUCCUCAGGUGCUGGGAAUGUGGCCGACCGUGUUUUGGCUCAGCUCUUAAUAGAAAUGGAUGGGAUUCAGCAACUAAAGGAUGUGACUAUUUUGGCAGCUACUAAUCGCCCAGAUAGAAUAGACAAGGCUUUGCUGCGACCUGGAAGAAUUGAUAGACUCAUCUAUGUGCCUUUACCAGACGCAGCAACAAGAGGAGAAAUACUGAAGCUGCAGUUUCACUCGAUGCCAAUCAGCACUGAGGUUGACUUAGAUGAACUUGUCCUCCAAACUGAUACCUAUUCAGGAGCGGAGAUUGUAGCCGUCUGCAGAGAGGCUGCGCUCCUGGCUCUGGAAGAAGACAUUCAAGCCAACUGCAUCAUGAAAAGGCAUUUCACUCAAGCCUUGAGCGCCGUGACACCUCGAAUUCCUGAGUCGCUGAGACGUUUCUAUGAAGAAUAUCAAGAGAAGACUAGGCCACAUGCAUUCUGAGAAAAUACAUGUAUUUGUUAUGCUUGAAACCCUUCCUUGAGAAAAUGUGUUUCCUUUUAAAAAUUUGUCUCAAGUCUUAGAAGAAAUCCUUGGUAUAGACAACGUGUCUGAAGCACACUCACUAGCGUGUGAGUACUCACUACAGUGCUUGCAACUGUUUGUAUCAAAGGCGUGUGAUGAGAAUAUCUCUGGGCAUGAGCCCAAGUCAGUUUGGAUUGAAAAUGUGUGCUAAAUUUUAAAAAGCAAACAUUGAGUGUUUUCAUUUUCAUGCUGGUCCAUUCGCAGCACAAAAUGAUUUCCUUACACCAGAAUCUGUUGCAGUGCCUUUGUAAGUGGCAAACCUGUGGGUGCCAUUUUUGUAGAGCAUAGAAAACGUAUGUGAAUGAAUGCAUGCCGAGAAAUAUUCUCAAAUCUGUAUUGUGAAGGCCAGCUAGUGAUUAUGGUCCUGUUUCCAAAUAUUUUUGUUUUCAUUAUAAUAUACCUACAUUUUUUACUUUAGCCUUCUUUACAUGCACCUAGACAAAAAUUUAAAAAUAACAAGUAAGAAUCAUUUCAUAUAAUAUGAAGAUGCCCUUUGAAAAUUUGUACAAUUGCAAGUAUAAGCCCACUGUGUGCCUGGAGUUAUGGGCUUGUUUUGUUUUCAUAAAAGGCCAUAAAUAAA